GCUUCCUGCCAAGCACCGCGCAGCCGCCGCCGCUCCCGCGGGAGCCCCCGGUGCAGGCCUUGGCGCCGGUGCGGGACCCCGGGGCUCGGCCGCGCGCGCCCUGCCCGACCCAGCGCCGCCCGCCAGUCCGCACCAUGCGCGCCUCGCCGCCGCCCGCGCCGCUCCUGCCACUGCUGCUGCUCGCGCUCCUGGCCGCGCCCGCCGCCCGCGCCCGCAGAGCUGAGUCCGCUCCUGCGCCGCAGCUGGAAGCCCGAGCGCCAGCCGCGCCGCCGCCCGGCCCGGAGCCCGGGAACGCCACCCGGACGGGGUCCGGGGUGGCGGCGGGCGGCGGCGGCGGCAGCUCCAGCUACAACAGCAGCGACGCCCUGGUGACGCGCCUCUCCACGGUGCUCCGCGACCUGCCCACCCUGAAGGCGGCCGUGAUCGUGGCGUGCACCUUCACCGCCCUCCUCAUCGCCUGCCUGCUGCUGCGGGUCUUCAGGUCGGGAAAGAGGUUAAAGAAGACCCGCAAGUAUGACAUCAUCACCACUCCCGCCGAGCGCGUGGAAAUGGCCCCGCUGAAUGAAGAGGAUGAUGACGAUGAAGACUCCACAGUAUUUGACAUCAAAUACAGGUAG